UCUGUUUUUGUAGUAACUUCUGCAAGAAAUUAUUAAUAUUCUCACGUUGAAUCGUAAUUAAUUAAAAUAUAUUUAAUAAGUUUUUUUUAUGAAUUUUUAGACUGUUGAAAACUCAAUUUUCUACAACACUAAUGAGGUUGACUUGUGACAGGCCACUUAAUUAUUAUGCUGCGUCAAUCUAAUUAAAACGUCAGAAGUUUGUACAAUUUUUAUAAGGACAAGUCAAUGGAAUUAAAAGUACUUAAUUCCAAUCAAAACGGAACAUUAUUGAUAUUGCCUGACAUAAGCCAAUCAUAUCGAUUGCCAACGAGCUUCUCUGCUGUGUAUCUAACCUUGUCUUCCAUGGCUUUUGUGUCAAAUUUAAUGGUACUCAGUGGUAUACUAACUAGUGAUAGACUGCGGUCUUCAUACGCCGUACUCGUGUCUGCUCUAUGCCUUCAAUGUGCUUUGGAUAGUGCUGUUAGCCAUUUUUUGGUUUCCAAAGAACUUUUGACACUUGAAAGGACGCCAGAAACAAUAACAACUUCAUCUAUAACGGAUAAUUCGUUUGCAGCAACAUGCCGUGUUAUCGCAACAAUUACUUCAGCACUGUCUACGGUAGAACUUAUUACGUUUGCAACUCUAACUUGUUUAAACACAUUUGCUCGAACAAAUUAUAUUUUACCAUUGCCAGCUGCUGCAGUUCUAUGGGCUGUCCCUUCUAUGUAUACUUACGUCAUACUUACACCAACCUUAUUAUUUUCUACUAGAUACUUUUCAUAUAGGGGUCGUUGCGGCUUUACUGCUAAUUCAACUGAAUGGUUUUAUCCUACUUUAUUGAUAACAUUUAGUCUUAUGAUACCUUGGUCAAUAUCAUUUUACUUUGUAUUUAUUUCUCGACCAUCAUCGGCCACUAUUAGAGCCACAAGAGGCUUAUUAAACUCGAGUGAUCUCAUUAGAUCUCAACCUGAAGACCUCCCGUCUAAAUGGAUAUUUUCCUUAUAUACUGUAUUCGUGACACCUGGAUAUUUAUCGUCUUGUUCAUUUCUUUACAAAACACAGGACGAAAAUAUUUGGAUAGAAAAUAAAAAGUAUGAUAGUAUUUUAGAUGGUUAUCUAUCCAAAUUACCAAUUAUAUUUGACUUGAUAGUACCAUUAGUUUUAAUAUAUUAUCAUAAGGCUUUUAGAAAGAAAUGUAGAGAUUUGUACUUGCAUGGCUUUAGAAACUCUGUUUCUGAUGACUCUCAAAUGAUGAAAAAAAGAAUUUCAAAUCGUCGUAUUAAAGAAGAUAAAUUGAUCAAUGAUUCUCCAGUUUUAUUUCUUGAAAAUUCUGGAAUAAUUAGUCUGAGAAUACCAAAAGAUAAUGGAUUUAUUAUCACGGCAUGUGAUGUUGACGAAGAUGGCAAUUCAGUUAAUAAAAAAAAGUACAAUAGAUUUUCUAGAAGAGUCAGCAAAGCUAUUGGGUCAAAUUCAAAAAACAUCAAUGAAAAUGAAGAGUUUCAAAAUGAAGAAUCACAAUUUUAAUUUUUUGGGUUUCAU